GAGCACGUCACUUCCGGUUUCAUGUCUAGCGAGUCGUCAUAACUGAUCUUUUGAAGUCAUGCGGAUAAUGCUCCGAUCGGAAAACACCCCCGUGUGAUCAGUAUAUCCCUCUGUUUGUUAUAUACAGAGCUGAAAAAUAGUCUGGAGAUCACCAUUGUCUUCCAUACUUGGAUAACUUUUGACACGAGCUGCAUCCAGAAUUUUUGAGACAUUAUCCAUUAUCAUAAUGAAGAUUUGCAUUGGAUUGCAAGGUAACCCGACUGUGACUAUGUCCUGCCUCUGAAUCUCUUGCCGUGAGGAGCAAACCCAACCUAAAGAGCAGCGGACAUGCACUGCCGUCCUCCGCUCCACAGGGGGAGCUGCUGGUAGAAGAUAUCAGGAAAGGGUGUGUGCACUGCUCUGGCCAUGGAUGACUUCACUACACGCACCUAUGGCACCAGCGGCAUGGACAACAGGCCUCUGUUCGGGGAGACAUCUGCCAGGGAUAGAAUCAUCAAUCUAGUGAUCGGUGGACUUGCGUCUUUACUCGUUCUGGUGACCAUCAUUAGCUCAUUCGUCUUCCCAUCUCUUCCUCCCAAGCCACUGAAUAUAUUCUUUGCCGUCUGUAUCAUGCUAGUCUGCGGGUCAGUGUUGGUUCUGAUAUACUGGUAUAGGCAAGGAGAUCUGGAGCCCAAGUUUCGCAACUUGAUCUACUACAUGCUCUGUUCCAUCGUUCUGCUGUGUAUCUGUGCCAACUUGUAUUUCCACGACGUGGGACGUGAUAAACAGAGCAAUGCCUUAUAAAGCGGUUUCCAUGGGAGCCGUCCCAAUCAGCGGAAUGUUCAUCUUUAUGUGGGUGCUUUGGAACCCCACAUAACCCCACUCGAGUUCUUCAAUCACGAGAAUUCAUUUUCCUACAAGCCCCAUUUGUGUGGGCAGGGCCAGUCUGCCUUGGGAGCCAUGUUAGCGGACUAAACAUAUUAUAGAUGCAAAUAUGCUAGCGAUCAGUAGCACUCUGGGAUAUCCAUGCACACAUUUUGCACCCUGAAUGCUGUACACCGCUUAACCUAUAUGCCAAUGUAAUGACAAGACUGGGAUGUUUUGAAAUAAGCCAUGGCAAUGUAAUGCAUAAUGCUUUUAUAUUUGUACAUGACACACCUAUGGUACAUUCCGAAUUAAGAAAAAUCUUUAUUUUGUAUUUAAAUGAUUAGAAAUGCAAUCUUGAAUAAGAGCACUUGAUUAAAGACAUGCAGCAGUCAUUGUAAAUUAUGCUUUUUGUUCAUUUUUCUAAAUUACUGAACACUGUUAUUUGAUAUGGUGAAAACCUUACAAUUUUGGUUAUCAACCGUUGUAAUUUGGAUUUUAUGUAAUGAAUA